UCAACUGUAUGGAUCACACAUCUGUUUAUUAGCCAAAGCACCCAGUAAUUAAGCUCUCCAUAUUCCCUCCAGACAUGGUCGGCGUUUUCGGUCGCUCUCUGAGCUUCCCAAACAAAAAUCCUAGCCGUCCACGCAUAUCCCACCACAUCAGGUCCAUCAGUCUUCCCUGCAGAUCUCACCCUCUGGUUUCCCAGAUCAAAGACGACAUCAACCAGCUCGUCUCCUGGACUUCUACUUCCAAACUCCACCAACAAACAACCACUAAUCUCUGCCACGGUUUGAACCGUCUGGCAGAAUUGCACGACACCCUCGAGGAUAUCUUCCAGCUUCCUCAUGCCCAAGAGUCGCUCCGCCGCCAGCCCCGGUGGGUCGAGAAUCUUCUACAAGACUUGCUCCGCUUCAUCGACGUCUACGGAAGAUUCCAAUCCUCCGUUCUGGCUUUUAAAGAAGAGCAGUCGGCUGCUCAGGUGGCUGUAAAGAAGAGAGACGACUCCAAGGUGAUUCUGUACGUGAAGGCUGAGAAGAAGAUGGCCCGAGAGAUGGAGAAGCUGGUGUCGGGAAUCCGAUGCGUGAGCCAGAAUUAUGGAGUGACGCCGACAACGCUGGUGCCGAUAGGAGAUGCUGAGGUGGCAGGGGUCAUCGUGGAUGUUAUCCGCGUGACGGCGAGCGUUUCGAUUGCUCUGUUCGGCGGGAUCGCGUCAUCGUUAGCGUCGAGGAAGUUGUCGUGGGGGCAGUUGGUGAAGCUGUCGAGGAGCGGCGGGAGUGAGAGAACCGAGCAGGAAGGCGUCAAAGAACUGCGGGUGGAAAGCCUGCACAGUUUGAGGAAAAGGGGCGACGAAGAGGUCAGAUCAGCGCUGAAGAGGAUGAGGGAUUUGGAGAGUUCCUUGAGCCUUAUCGAAACUGUUAGUGACGGGGUUUUUAGGGCGUUGAUCAAUUCCCAGGUUGCUUUGCUCAACACUCGCACGCAAUAGGCAGCUACAUUAUGAAUUGAUGAUUUUAAACCAGAGAAGGGGAACAAAACCUUCCUGAAACCAUGUAUUUAUUUAUUUAUUUAUUUUUACUCUGUGCUAGAGCGCAUGCAAGUGCCCACACAGCGCGAUGUUAAAGGGUGCCCGCGUGUAAACAUGCCAUUUUCUCCCCGUCUCGUACUGGAA